ACGAUCAUUUACAAAGAACACAAUGAGACUGGAUGUAAUCACAAAAAAAGAACAAUAUCCUAUGACUAGUAAGUAGAUAAUAACUUAUGCCAAUGAUAUUAGGAUGGAGCCUAUGGAUUUGAGUUUUAAAUCCAUCAUAAAAGUUUUGGAAACAAAAUUAUACACAUUUUUUGUUUCAUUUAUUACAAUUUGUAGAUUUGGGUUCAAAAUUUUUAAUACAUUACAACCCUUUAAUUUUUGCAAAUUAAUUGUUUAACUCUAAUAUUGUUUUUCGCCAGUUCCAGUUUCAUUUCUAUGAAAUUAUAUCUACAUAAUGUGUAUACUAGUUAUGGUUUAGCUAUAUAAUUUCUUCUAGUAGUAAAUUCUUACAAAAUAAAGAUACGCGAUAAUGGACAAUCCAUACUCGAUUAAAUUCACAUUUGUAAACCCAAAUUUCUGUAAAUGUUGGAGCGUAUUAGCAUUUACAGAAAGUUGAGAAUACGUAUAAACAAUGGUUAAAUUCGAUUGGAAGGUUAUUUCUUAACAACAAAAUAACUUAAAACACUAAUAAUUUAGAAAUAUUCUAUUUUGAUAGUAUUUAGUUUAAACAAUAAGUAUAUUUAUUUUUUCUAAAUUUUCUAAAUAUGUUAGAGAAAACUCAUAUUAACGGUCACAUUUUAUUUAACGUUAAACUGUAUUAAUUAAUUUUUUAUGUACACUUGAAAAUACGUUUAUGUUUGUGUUUGAGUGUUUAAUCUCUUAUAAAUAUGAGAAAAAAAUUCAUUCUAAAAUACCAGAUACAAACAUUUUAAUAUAUUAUAUUAAUAACAUUUGCCACUUAUUUCGAAAACAUUGGCACAAUGGCUCACACUUCUUCCCGAACUACUAUUGUAUUCAUUGUUGUUGCUUUGAUUUGUGCGUUCGUUCCUGCAUUCUCUGUUGAAGAAGCUGAAGCAAAAUCACUAUGGGAUACCUGUCUUCUUAAAAUCAGUCCAAAAUGUGCGUUGGAUAUAAUUGGUGUUGUCUUUGAAAAUUUAACCAUCACUGAUGCAUGUUGUCAUGAUCUUGUACAAGAAGGAAAAAUGUGUCACGAUACUCUUAUCAAAUAUAUUGCUGAGAAGCCGCAUUUAGUUGCCCACGAAACAGAGUAUUUGAAGGAAAGUGAUGAUUUGUGGACUCAUUGUGUCUCAGUUUCGCAAACUGCUUAAAAAUAUGUUAUGCUUGUAUUGAUCUACAAAAUUUUUAUUUAACUAUCGUUAAAUUUUAUUUGAUCAAAAAUCGUGGAUCAAACAGUAUGCAAUAUAAAGCGACCAUCAAGUGAAUCUCAUUCUAAAUGAAUCAAUACAUAUAUUAACUCAAUUGAAAAACAAUGUGCUAACCAUACAAGAUUGUUAAACUAAUAACAAGACAUAUA